AUGGACAUCUCCGCGGCCCUGCUCCUCCUCUCCUUAGUCACCGCCUACCUCCUCUGGUUCACUUUCAUCUCCCGCUCCCUCCGCGGCCCCGUGUCUGGCCGCUCCUCGGCAGCCUCCCGGGCCUCAUCGAAAACUGCGAGCGCCUCCACGACUGGAUCUCCGACAACCUCCGCGCCUGCGGCGGCACAUACCAUACCUGCAUCUGCGCGGUUCCGUUCCUCGCCAAGAAGCAGGGGCUCGUGA